ACACAAGCAUGAUUCUGUUCAGAGCGCCUGAAAGAUUUUCUCCAAUGCUCGGCGCUCAUCUGUUCGCGCGCCCCCUUGUGAUCCUACAUCAAUGUCGUUAACGAUGAGAUGAUACACAAUACAAUAAUUUCCGUGGCGAGCGAGAGCACGACUGGAGCCAGAUUGACAAGGCGUGAGCGUGUGGCUCGCUCGCUCUAGCCAGUGGGCGGUGGCACGAGGCGUGCUUGUCCAUCUCGCCAUGGUUCUUCCUCAUUCUGCUUACCGCUCCUAGUGCUUCUCUCCUCUAAUCUCUUCCCUCGCUCUUUGUAUCAUACCUGUAUAACCCCUCCACUCUUGUACCUUCUCACUCCAGCGCCUGCACGGGCCACAGACUCGAAUGAGCACAGCUGCGGUGAGCGCAAGCUUUAGCCAAACGUCGACUUCCACGGAGACUGACAGUUCGCAGGCAGCCGGCUCCGACGGUAGCGUUGCCGCGCAGGUUCGCACCACCGUCGUUUUCAAUACUGCCAGUGCGAGCCCGGAGAUCAUUACCACUACGCUCUAUACCGGACCUACGAUCUCAGCUACCGCGUACCCUACUUCGCACAAACAAUCGGUGCCGGUAGGCGCUAUUGUCGGAGGUACGCUCGGCGGGGUAGCUCUUGCAGUCAGUGCUGUGAUCAUAUGGAUUUGGUGGGGGAGAUGCAUCCAGCGGCAGGAGGAGAAGGACCGCAAGGAACGGCUAGCCCGAAGGCAGGUCAGGGAGAAUACCCGGCGGAACGCCUCCUCGGCAGCGUCUACCCGCUUGUCCGCCUCCUUUCCGGCCUCCCGCCAUGAGAGGAAAGUCAGCUUUGUCCCCAAUACCGCCUCGUCGUCGCAGACGUCGUCGAACGAAAAGCCGGAACCCAAGACUUCCUACCUUGAUCCCCCAGUUUCGCUGCCUCGCAGCAGUCUUAAUGCACACAAGCCUGCGCGGCCCAGCCCCUUGGGUCUGAGCAGCUCGCGCAACGAAGAGGUCCCUCUGCUCGCCAGCACCCCGGUCUCCGAGGUUCCAACACCGCCCACACCGCCCACACCACACUCACCUGGCCCUGCCACAAGCCAAGUCCCGUCACUACAAUCCGAGCCCACGCCCUCGGUGCAGCCGUUUCUCAAGCGGCCACUCGCGAACAGACGCUCCGCCGCGAGCUCAACAUCCGCAUAUUCCGCAGAGAGCGGUGAGGAGCGCCAGAAGCGCGUGUCGACCAGCCUCAUUAUGGCUGCGCUUGGGUACAUGGAUCCACGCCGAUCGUGGCUCGGGAACUAUCUUUCAAAUCGACGACGCUCCAAUUACGACAUCGAGCAGAGCCGGCUGUCGCAAAUGAGCGCGGCGUCGGGGUAUUCGCAGACGGAGGAAUACUCCGGCGUCCCGGUGGGAUAUGCGUCGUAGGCCGGGUUGGGGACGGCAGGUUC